CCGCUGGCCCCGCAAGGGUGGCUUGAGGAGCUGAUGCUGCAGCCCACGCGAAGCCUCCCGCUGAUGCCGCAGCCCGUGGGUGUUGCCUAUAGCACGGCGCGCCAAAUCACGUGGUUCUGGGGCGGCGAGUCUGCACCCGCCGCGCCGCCAGAGCCGCCAUCUCCGCCGCUGCCACCGUCGCCUCCGCCGCUGCCUCCCGCCGCUCCGCCGCCGCUCCCGCCGCUCCCGCCAUCGCCUCCGCCUCCCUCACCGUCGCCGUCACCGCCUCCGAACCCGCCUCCGCCCAUGCCACCGUCGCCUUCUCCUCCGCCGCCAGCUCCGCCGCCCUUCCCACCACCGCCGCCGCCAGAUUUCGUGCACGUCGCAGUCUCUGUCGUUGCCACGCAGGCCGCACAGGCGAGCGACGGCAUAAUGAGAUCCGCCCUGGUUCUCCUCCUCCUCUUUCUCUUCGCUGGCAUCGUCCUUCAGCUCGUAUGGCCAUGCGUUGCCACGCCACACCGAGGUGCGAAGCUCCGUGCGUUCGAGCUGGACGACUUCGGCUCCCCACGCCGCAAGCGUGCCUGGAACGUUCCCGACUCGCCAGAGUCGCCGGCGGCUGACAUCGUCAUCGUUCAGGAGGGGGUCGCGCUGCAUAGAGCCAGCACGGCCCCAGAGGGGCAGAAUAGCUCCGGGCGGGUCACCUCGGCGCUGUCCGUCCGGCGAUGGUCAGUGGCGGCCGCGACCGACAGCGGGAAGAGAACUGAGGAAGAGGAGGAGUUUGUGCGUGUCUAGGUUCUCUGCGCCUUUCGCGUUUUGCGUGCGUUUGCUACGAAAUGAUAAUUAAUAAAACGA